AUGUGGAGUGUUCACGUGCCGAUUCAUUCGAUUAUACGUGGAAGCUCGCUCAUCAAUGGUGGGGGUGGUGCAGUUGGUGGUGGCCGUGGUGGUGGUGCAGAUAAAGGUGGUAUUGGCCGUGGUGGUGGGUGUGAUGGUGGUGGUGGAGGUCGUGGUAAUGGAGGUCGUGGUGGUGGUGGUGGUGGUGGUGAUAGUGUUGUUAGUGGUGGCCGUGGUGGUGGAGGAGGUGAAGGUAGUGGUGGCGGUGCUCGUGGUGGUUGUGCCUGUGUUGGUGGUGGUGGUGUGGUAGAUGAGGUGGUGGCUGUGGUGGUCAUGGUGGAUGCAAUGGCUGUGGUGGUGGUAGUGAUGGCCGUGGUGAGCAUGGUGUGGUAG